AUGAAGACUCAUGUGGGCCUCCAGCUGUUCCUCAGUAGAAAACUCUUUCGUACAGACAGAACAGUUCAUGGGUUUACCCUGAGCCUGCUCCCGUGUGUGCGUCUGCAUGUGAAGAGUAAGGUACGCUUUGUGGAAAAACGCUCUGUCACAGACCGAACAGCUGAACUGGAAAUCAGCCGUGUGCGUCCCCAAGUGUCUUUGGAGAACGCCCUGUCUGUUAAAGGAUUUAUUACAGAUGGUACAAGUAAAACAACGAUCCUUUUUGUCUGUCGUGGACGCAACGACGGGAGCUCUCCGUUUAGCCACGUCUUUGUCACCAACGGAACUGCUCAAUGUUUUAUCUCCCGUUUGGGCCGCAGGAGCACCCUCUUUAGGAAACGCAUCAUCACAGACAGAACUACUGAACGGUGUCGCUCCGGGGUGUUUUUCCAUGUGUUCGAGGAGAGUGCCCUCCCGGGAAAAGGCUUUGUCACAGACAGAGCAGCGGAACGGUUUCUCAUCUGUGCGUGUUCGAGUUCUUGUGUCUAUUGCUCGCCGACAUUCUUCCUCAAACGUCUCAAAGGGCGUGAAACUGAAGGGUUUUUUGUCUGA